AAGACACUCAUUCCUUUUCUGCUGGCCACCACUUUCUUUCAAAUCCAACUUCAUUUCCUCCCUACCGCCGUGCGGUCAUUAUCCUCAAUCAUCACCAAUCAACUUCUUCAUCACAUUUUCAAAAUGAAGUGUUCAUCCUCCGUUCUUGCCGCAGCAGCCGGCAUGAUGGCCACCGCCUCAGCCCACGGCUUCAUCACAUCCCCACAAGCCCGCCUAGCAGGUUCGGCAAUGAAAGCAGCAUGCGGCACACAAGUCUAUAACCAACAAGCAUCCGAUAACUACGGUAACAUUCAAGGCGAACUCCAAGUCGCUGCCACACAGACCGACUACAAUGCAGCUGAAUGCAACAUCUGGCUUUGCAAAGGUUUUAAAUACUCUGACAACACCGCCAACGUACAAACCUGGACAGCUGGCCAGGUCGUAGACUUCACAUUUGAUGUUCGUGCCCCACAUACAGGAUAUGCAAACGUCUCGAUUGUAAACACGGCUACGAAUACAAUUAUUGGAGAUCAGUUGUUGUAUUACUCCGAUUUCGCAGAUAAUGCAAAGCCGAUUCCAGCGAAUGAGACGAGCUUCUCGAUCACAAUUCCUUCGGAUCUAGGAGAUAGUUGUUCGACGGCUGGGUCUUGUGUUGUUCAACAUUAUUGGAAUGCGGCGUCGAUUAACCAGACGUAUGAGUCUUGUGUUGAUUUUGUGGUUCGUGGACUUGGAUCAGGGCCUUCCUCCAGCUAUUUUACAGUGGCCACACCACUCUCUAGUUCAAGGGUUACGACUUCCACUUCUGCGCCCGUCCCAACCAUCCCAAUCACUUUGUCAAGUGCGGUCCCAACAACCCUUCAGACCACUGUAUCUUCCGCUUCCUCCACUUCGGUUCCCGUUGCUGCUGCCGCUUCGAGCACACCUUAUGACGGCGAGUAUACAUGCUAAUGCAUGGGUAGAGAUUGUGUUGGGCAUGAUGUUGCUGCUACAGAUUACUAGAAUAUCUGCGAUGCUUUGGACUCACUUACCUUCUUUGUAUAUACCUUUUGACUUUGCAUGCAGGCGCCUGUAAAUAAACACAUGCUUGAUAUUGGUCUAAGCACAUGCCGUUCACAGUCGUGCAGAAGUCACAUGAUCGCUUAUGAA